UCGGUGAGGUUGUGCGUAAUCCCGUUUACGGUCGUUCGGAACUUUCCCAACGCGCGGUGGAGAGGAACAAACGAAAAUAAAAAAAGAGACAAUUUUGGGCCAUUCCGAUUGCAUUUGAUGGGAAGUGUUUUGCCUUUAUCCACUCACAACGCGGCGGUGCAGUGAAACACAACAACAGUGCGAAGAGAUUUACAGUUUUGACAUUAGCUCAUCCCACGGUAGUAAAAGAAGCUAAACACUUUGUAAGCGAAAAUUGUUCGUGAACGAAAUUACGCGCUAGGGAAGCGAGUAAAAAUAUCCCGACGGCUGGUCUUCAGUCGGAGUGUAUUGCAGAUUGUGUAUGACUUUUUUGACGUUUUUAUUUUCCUCUCGAUAAGGCAAAAAGCUAGCGGAGGUUGAAUGUUUCUUGUGCGUGAAUUGAGAUAAGAGGCAAUCGAAGCAAAGAGUGUUCGCUGGAAUUUUAUAGCACUCGAGACUCAGUCAGUGGGGGUCGUUUCGUUUGAUAAAUAAUUCCAACAAAAUCCAUUCGGAAAUUGACAUUUCCUCCCGGGGUUUAACCAAUUAUCGGAAAGUUACGAUAACAUUGGCAUAGGCAUCCAACACACUAGAUCGGAUUAAAUCAAUUGCUGUGAAAAAAAGGUGAUCGAGGGGCAUUCGACGGAUUAAGGGGAUGAUUUUUCGGCGAUUGGGCAACCCCGGAUAAGAGUAGUUGUCAAAAGACACGCAAAAUAGCAGCUUAUGAGAAUCGGGAACGCGUGUGGUGAGUGUGGGUGACACAAUCUGCAAGACAGUGGCGACGAGGACGCGACAACCGAAAAAAAAAACAUUGAAUGAAGUGUCCACUCAUCCGGAGCAGAGCGAGAGUAUAGUGAGGAAGAGUAUGUCCAGCGAGCAUUUUAUGUUGCACAAGAGCAGGCCCUGAGAUAGCUGUGUAUACAGAGUGCGGUGUUGAAAAGUGACGUUUUCGAAAUUGUUAUCCAUGUACACAUAUUGUGGGUGAAGAAAAAUUUUUGUUUACCAAUCUUUUGGAAAGUGUAAUUUUCCGCGAUCGUAAUUAACGAGAGCAGUAGCAGCAGCAGCAGCAGCAGCAGCAGAAGAAGUGAAACGCGGAGGAAAACAACGAGUGAUUGUCUGCGAAUGACGACGGUCUUUUCUAUUUACUGAUAGUGCGCGGCAAGAGUUUUGUAGAUUGUGGAGUAAAACGCAGACAUCCGGAGAUUUUUUUCAGGCGAUUGUUUCACUUCGAACACUCAACUGACUAGUUCAAAAUCAUAAAAGCCGAUCUAUGCAACCUUACUGCCUGUACUGCAACUAGACUGACGGACGGACGACGGGUGCUAUCAACAUCUUCAUCACCAUCAUCAUCAUCAUCGGGGCAUAGAGUUGCAUAUUCCACUUGGAAGGUGGUCUCCCGAAUGACAUCAGCGUUCAUGGGACAUCAUCAAGAUUGGUGAAACGGAACGGAGCGAAACUGGGCGCAUUAGAUGCCAUCGUCGCCGGGAAGUAACCGAUGCGCCCUCGAAGGGCCCCGCCAUUCGAAGCUUGUAGGCUAGGCUAAGGAUCGUCUACUGGUGAUUUCAUCACCAUCCCGGAACGAUUAGAACGUGGCAACCACUCUUUUUUUUCUCCUUCCAUCUAUGCCUACCGCUGGAGCAAGUCCCCCUGGCAGAAGCAAACGGAGAGACGGCCCGAUCAAAAUGACGUAAACGCGUGCUCGACUGGAUCGACGGAACUGAUUGGACCAAAAGAACAACAACAAUAAUAACCACGAUAGCCAGCAGUAACUUUUUGCUGUUCUCCUUUUGAAGUCCGCUUCACGGCCUCCCUCCCUCGACUGAAUCACAUACACUUAAUAAAUCACCGUUCUCGAGACGACCCUCUGAACGAUUCUAUAGCGACGCACAAAUCCGAAAACGAAACAGAGACAAACAAAAAAAUCACAUUUAUGAAACAGUUCAAGGACCAGAAGAUCAAAUUAAUCAGAAUGCUGACCCGGAGGAAUUGGCUGCUGCGGUGCAGCAUCCUGAUCAAUGUGGCGGUGCUGCUGUACCUGUGCAGUCACCUGCUGAUCGGUGGGGGCAAUUUCGCCCUUGGACCGGCCUACAUCAUCUCGGACGAGUCGAUGAUGAAACCGGCCGCGCAGUACAGGACUCACAUUCCGGCCCACCUGGCCCAGCAGCUACGGCAGGAGGAGCGGGAAGCGAUGCUGAUUCAACAACAGACGCAAUCACAGCAGCAGCAUAGUGUAGUUUUAAAAAUUCAGGAAAAUGGGAUCAGCGUCCAGGAGGUGCCCCAGCAACAGCAACAGGCCACGAACCAGAACCAACAGGACCAGCUGCUGUUGGACGCGGCCGGACGCGAUGUAGAUAACAAUAAUAAUAACAUUAAUGUAGAUGAUAGUCGAUUCGAUGUGCCAACAGAACCAAGCCAGAGCAACAACGGUGGCCCUAGUGGGUUGCUCAAUAACAACAACAACAACAACAACAAGGCUGCCGGUUCCGAAAUCCUGUACCAGGACGUAGGUGCCCCGAAUGGCGCCGGAGCUGGUCUCCUCAAUGCUAGUGAUAUCUUCUCGACCACGGCGUCGAUCGAUCUCGACAUGAAGCUAAGGUCACUGCUUAACUGUCACGAUCGUGACUACAACCCGUACAUCGGCCAGCGGGGCGACUUCUGGGUACUGAAGAACUACGUCCACGCCGAGCACGGCGAGCUGCGUUGCCAUGAAACCAUCACCUAUACCACUCAUGCGGACUACACGUUCCUCGAUAAUCUGAUACCACUGCUGGAAAGGUGGAACGCACCGGUCAGCUUAGCGAUGCACGCUCCAGGUACAGACUUCAUGCCCACCGUCAAUGCGAUCAAGUAUCUCAGAGACUGCUUACCAGAGAGUCAUUUAGUUCGUCAGUUUGUCACGUUUCAUAUUUAUUUUAGUAGUAAACAUAUUCCUAAAAACGUUCCUAAGCACGAAAAAGUAUUAGAACCACCCUACAACUGUUCGCUGCAGGCGCCGUACUUCAACGUGUCAAGCUCGCAGCUCUACAAGACACAGAAGAAGCUACUCUAUCCGGUCAACGUGGGUCGGAACAUUGCCCGCGACGCGGCAAUGACCCAUUUCUUACUAGCUAGUGAUAUCGAAUUGUACCCAAACCCGGGCCUAGUGCAUAAGUUCUUAGAGAUGAUAGUUAGAAACGAACCGGUGCUGCAGCGGAAGAAUCCAAGGGUGUUCCCACUUUCGAUAUUCGAAGUGGACAGCAGUUCGCCGGUGCCACGGGAUAAAACCGAACUGCAGGAGUUGCUGCGAACCGGCAAAGCGAUACCGUUCCAUAAGCGGGUCUGCUCCAGCUGCCAUGGGGUGCCCAAAUCGAAGGAAUGGAUCGCUGUCAACGAAACGGAUGAUCUGGGAGUGUUCCACAUAGGCAAACGGGUGGGCUAUUUUGUCCACUGGGAGCCAAUCUACAUUGGAACCCACGCUGAUCCCCACUAUGACGAGCGGUUAAGUUGGGAAGGCAAAAGUGAUAAAAUGACGCAGGGAUACUCGCUUUGCGUGCUGGACUACGAUUUCCACAUCCUGGACAAUGCAUUCCUAGUGCAUAAGCCGGGCAUCAAGGUGCUCAAGAAGGACCCGAAGCGAGCGAUGCUCGCGGCGAAAACCAAUCAGCUGAUCAAGAAGAUCAUCUACCCGGAGCUGCAGGUUAUGUACGGUACCCGGAAAGGCUGUGCUGUAUAGUUGAAGGGGAAACAUACGGCCCAAUAGUAUAAGGAAAAAUCAGGUGGUGGUGGUGAUGGUGAGGUGAGCUGGAGCCGAAACAGCAGAGAGCUCGCCGCGCCAAGUAACGGUUAUAGUGGUGGUGGUUUCAGUCUGGAUGGGAUGUCCGUCUCUUCGUCCCUGCUGAUCUCGUCUAUGGCCACAGGUGGGGCCGGGUUUCUGCUGUCUCUUCAGGAGCGACCCCACGUCGGUAGUCGACGGCGGAAGGGUAAACGGAAGGGAUAUGUCAGACGGAAAUAGGUAAGCGUGAAUGUGAAUUUGAUCGCGAUGUGGUUUGUACAUUUUAGAAUGGUCGCACUUUGAAAGUGUGGUAGUGUGUGUUUCUGAAUGCAAUAAUAGACGUUUUAAGGAGCAAUCAAAAGGCGGAAAGUAUGAGUUUUAGACGCGUAAGCAGAAAGGUGAUACUGUCUGAAUAUACUCUUUGGACUUAGGCAGAAGAAGCAGACGAAGAAGAAGAUGAAGAUAGAAGAACAACGCAAGCUAUAGGCUGUUUUCUAUAGUGGAAGUAAUAGAGUAACGUUUCAAUGUGGUAAAUUUUUGUACUUUUAUGAAAAGAAGCAAGUUGGGAAAUGAAACAUUAACCAAAACGAUCCAAGAAAGUAGAAAGUUCAAUCGUUGCAAGCAGAGCAGAUCAUAAAAUAACCUAAAAAACGUUGGAUAUUUUUUAAUCACUUUUACACUGAACAAAAAAUAAUAAAUAGAAAAACCACUAGUGACAAAACAAAAAAUAAAAAAUAACCAAACGCAACAUUCUGUAGACGAAGAUGCAGAGUAGGAAUUAUCUACCAAAAUCAAUGCGGAAAAUAGAACUGUUUUACGAAAAGCUCUUAGUGUUACCGACGGCAGUGGCAAGGAUUGCCUCUCGGAUCAAUCGACACACAUACACACAUACACCACGCAACGCAAAAAACCAAUAGAAUCGUUGGCAGUUUCAAAGGGAAUGUAUAGCUGUCGCACGGUGUUGAAAUUUGGUGUCCUUUUGAUAAAGAGUAAAACUAAACAUUAAAACUGUUGAUUCACGUCCGGCACGUCGCAUCUGAAAUCAGCACUGAAGCUCCCUUCUCUCCCUUGUGUUAGGAAUGAUUCUAGUCGUGAGGAAAAAAAAUAAAAACCGGUGGUUGACUGUUGUUUGGGUUGAAAUCGUUUAAUUUGAAAUUAAAAAAAAAUGUUCCAUGGAAUCAAGAGAUCAAAUCAGAUCUUUGAUUAUAUUUAUUGUGAAAAAUCUUAUAACAUCUUUUAGAAGGUCUGUAGGAUUUUUUCUGGAAGGUAUUUUUGAUUUUUUUGGGGUCCUCUGGGCAUACCCAGAAGUGCUUUGAAUUUUUCUGAAAGACUUCAUAACUUUGUUAGAAUGUCCUUGUAAUAUGUACCUGGGAAAUUCUUUCGAAUUCCAUAAAAGUCUUCUGAAUGUUACUGUGAUGUCAUUAGAGAUAUUUUAUGAACUUCUUUAAGCUUUCCCUAAAUUAAUACUGAAUUAAUGCGGUUUUUGUAACAGCUAUAAUUUUCGGACACUGUAGGUGGCUGGCCUAAGUCGAGGCGCUUAAUACAUAGAUGAUACACAAAGCAGAAGUGUUAUUUUUUUUUGACGAAAAUUAACUAUGAGUUUUACUAUAAGAAAUACUUCUCGUGUUUAUUCACAAAAUUCACAUCAACAAAUGUUGAUCACUUGUGUAGGAAAUCAAUUUGGUAAGGCAUUUAUGACCAGCAUACUCCUUCCGAUCGUAUGAAACAGGUCCAAACCUGUCCAAAUCCGCCCGUAUUUUGGUUGUUUUGGCAUUUCUCAUGGCAAAAUAGUGCACUUUUCAGGAACAUUAAUGGCAAAUAACUCACCUACUUGGGCCUAAGGUCCCCUGUCUACCGUGAUAGGGCUGCCGUCUUAGUUGCAGCUUUUAAGGAUAAACAUUUUUUAUUCAGCCGCUGUAUGACAGUCAGACUCUAUUUGAGCCACACUUUCAUGGUGGACAGACGCUCGGGUGAAGCAUGUCAUCUUUAUUUUUUUUCUUUAGGGUCAGAACAGUUUAAAAUAAUAAGGGGUUUUAGCGGCACUGGUGGUGUAGCGGUAAACGUGAUUGUCUCUCACCCCCAAAGGGGCUGGGUUCAAUCCCAGUCGCUGUCGCCGGGAUUUUCUGAGGCAUAACAUCCCUAAUCACGCCUUCUUUCGAAAGUUAAGUAAUGCCGUUGGUCCCCGCUCCAUGAGUUGAUGGGUCAAUAGGCAGGGUCAUAAGCUACCUUUACCAAAUCAAGCAAUCAAAAUUGAAGCAAUCCUUGAUCGAUUGGAAACUGUUUCAUCAAAAUCAAAAUGGGAGCCAUUUAAAUUUAUUUAGGAGAAACUAGUUUGGAUCCAAAAGGGUUUAAUGGACCGAUGGCUAUUGGACGAAUGUUUCUUUCUCACCAUUGCUUGGUAGUAAUUAAUGACUACCUAACUAGAGAGAAAGAUAAAUCCGUCCUACAGUCAUCGGUUAGUUGUCAGUAAUGCAUUUGAUUGGUUAUGCAAUGAUCGGUUAAUGUCAAGCUUACUUAGCCAAUCACUUUUCUGGCCUUAAUAUUUGGUAUAUGUUGGCCUGGAGCUAUGUUCUCCCACCGAAGACGUUCGACUUUUGAGUUAAAUGAGGACAAAGAGAAAGCAAUUCUCGACUACUUUUUCGAAAGGACGUAUCAGCUUUUGUAAACAAUGGUCCUUAUAACCGAUGUCAGUUCACGGUGCAGUGACAACUUAUCACUCACGGUGAAGUGAUUCGCAUUUGAUUUACACGGCAACCACUUCACCGUGAGUGACAAGUGGUCACUUAACUUCGUUUUCACCGUCAAGUGACACUCGUAAUAAGGGGCAAUGCAUUUGAUCGUCGGUUUGGCGUAACUGUGUAACAGAUGGGGUACUCCCUGCCCAGCACUAAUGAGACCCUCCUUUACACUACCUCAGGGUCGGUAUGCGCGCUCGAAUAUCGUGGCCCAGGAUACACUCAAAUAUCCAACACACACAACACUUGUUUAGCUACAGGUACCUUUAUUCUUUCCACUUUCGUCCCACUUUCUUAUUGGCUAUUUCCAAAUAUAUCAUAUUAACAAUAUGAUCCAGUCAUGCCUUUUCCAACUAUUGCAAUGGCGAACCGCAAAAAAUUGCAUCACGCACCAUCUAGCGUUGAAAAAUGUCAGCAACAAUCAUUCAAUUACAAUCGAGGGGUGCGAAUAUAGCACUUAUUACAAACGUAAGAGUCGCAUUAUUUUCAUUAAUUACAUUGUGUAUAUUACUUUAAAAUUUGUCUGACAUUUCACUGUUGUCAUCAAAUAAAAUAAUAUGCUGAAAUACAUUCAUUUGAAAUAUUAAACAAAUUUUCAUUUGGUUUACCCCUCGUGACGAUAAACAAAUACAUUGGUAGCCUUUUUGGCCACAGAGGUGCUUUCAUCGCUAAAAAUUUGGUUCGUCAGCUAAGCGAGAGAGUGGAUCAUAUUGUUAAUAUAGUAUAUUUGCUAUCUCCUACCUCGUUUCGCCUAACGUUUCUUCUCGUUCUUCAGCGCGGGCUCGCUGUUGGUCCUUCCACAGCCACUCCUUCACCUUCCUCAGCUUCCUUCUGGGCACUUUUCACAGUCCAGUCGGUUCCUUUUCUUCGACUUUGAACCCUCGACUUGGUUCGCAAGCCGGUCGCGUACUUCGGUACUUUCCGCGACGGCUCUUCGAUCUCUCUCUCUUUCUCCUCACUAUACUCGUGGCGUCUAACGAUCGAUGGGCCUUUGGUUUGUAUUCCCGGAUACCUUCGUAUCGGAAGAUGCUCCGUGUCUAACCGCGCCGUAUGCCGAAUGACGGACACUACGGGGUCUGACCACGCCGUGGAUGAAUUUCCAGCGGUAAACUACGCGACUCUCCUUCUUCACUUUUUUCACGUCCUCCCGGUUCUUACUGACAUUCGAACUUGCUUGAACUUGCUUUACGAAGUAUCGCUGUUGAGUAUCGCCAAUCAAAAUGAUUCUCAACGAUGGCGGCUGACCUAUUCUCUCUCCUCCUCGAUGAGCCAUCGUCCUUCCGCCCUAUUUCGCCUCAUCAUGGCCCCAUUAUGCCACCUCCUGCCAUGGCCUCCAAAUCCAGUAAACAGUGCCAUCUGGUGGUAGGUAGAUGAUCUUCCUGUCGUUUAGUGGUGUGGCUGUGUACUGUCCAAUGGGUGAUUUUGUGGGCGAUGGGUGGUGUUGGUAGCUUGUAUUCAAACAUUUCCUUGGCAUAUUGUUAUACAUAAAAUACGAAACACUAAUCGCGACAAUCUCACUAAUCUCAGACAGACACACCACUGGUUACAACUGGUAGGUCGCCCACGCAUGCUAACACUACUAUCAGAUAGGGUGAUUUUCCCCCUACCUGAUAGUGGUGUUAGUAUGCGUGGGUGAGCUACCAGUUACGCCAAACUGAAGAUCAAAUGCAUUGUUUACAAAAGCUGAUAAGUCCUUUCGAAAAAGUAAUCGAGAAUUCCAAUAUUUACACUAAUUAUGUUCGAACCUAAACUUAGUGUUUACUGCUCCCGACGAUAGAAUGAUCUAGUGUGGUAAGAAGUUGUUCUAGGGAUUUUAUAGUUUAUAGCAGAUGCUCAUUUCUUAUGCAAUAUAAUGUUUGAAGUGAUGAAUUUAUAUGAUAAAAUGUAAAUUUGUAUUUGUAAAUUACAACAGAAUGUUGUAAAACAUGUGUUUUAUAUAUAAAACCUGUCAAUUUGGCUUUCGAAGAGUCACUCAUCGUGGAUUGUGACUAUCUGAAAACGAAAUAGACAGGUUUUAUGAGUCAUACUUAAACUUUACAAACUCUACAUAUACAAAUUAUUAUUAUAAUAUCUUAUAAAUUCAUCAUGCCAAAAAAUUCAUUAUAUGAGAAAUGAACAUUUGCAAGAUUGCUUAAAAUAUUUUCAAAUUAAUUUUCAUGACCUUGUGUGUGUCACCUUGUUGAACCGUUGAGAUUUAAAAAAAUAAAGCCAAGAUCGUGAAACUUAUUUUAUUUUUCUGAAUGAGAUCUUGAAAAUGUUUCCAACUUUAUGAACUGGGAGCGGAUCAUUUCGCGGCCAAAACAUUCAAAGAAUUAAGAGCUUUGAGUGUGUUGGUUUAUUUCCUUUAAAUUACGUAAUAUUUGCAUAUCUUUUGACAGAUACGCGAAUUUCGUCUACUACUCUUAGACUUCAUCAGUGCCAAGUACUCAACACACUUCAAAGGAAUGGUUAAUUUAACCGAAAGACGUUUUGCCGCCUGUUUGCAAAAAAUUAGUCACAUACUAUUUCACAAAUUUCAUGAAGCGUUCAAAAUUAUAACGGCUAAACUGCGAUGAUCGAUUCUCUUCAUCGAUUUUGGGUUACCAAUUUCAUAAUUGUUUUACAAUUCAGUUCCGUAAAAGGAUGUGUUGGUAAGCUAAAGCAAUUCUAGAUAGGGCUGGAAUUAGGGCCUAACAGCUUUUGUGAACAAUGAAUUCUCUCGAUUAUUUCUAGGAAUUCAAGCCACGCCCACGCAAACCAACAUAACCAUCGGUUAGGGGAAGACUUCCCCUACCUGAUUGUGAUAUUGAUUUGCUUGGGCGAGCCUUGAGUUUCUAGAAAUCAUCGAGAGAAGUCAUUGUUUACAAAAGCUGUUGCGCCCUAAUUCCAGCUAUAUCUAGAAUUAAUCAUGUUAGCAUGCUUCUGCGUUAAUUUUCCUUCCGAUGUCACUGCUGUUCUUAAUGGUGACAUUUAUCAGAAAUAACGCAUACACUUAGUUCCGUUAAUUGUUAACAGAGGGCAGUGCGGUCAAAACAUGUAUGGUACCUCUGUAUAUGCAGUUAGAUUAAAAUCAGAAGUCCCUCCUUUUUUUCAUAUUCUGCACAAAAAAUACUUUCUAAGCCCGCCCCUGACAGGGUUUCCCACCAGUUUUUUAUAAAUGGGGUGGGACAGAAAGUAUAUUUUGUGCAGAAUAUGUAAAAAGGAGGGACUUCGGAUGUUAAUCUAAAUGCAUUUAUAGAGGUACCAGAUAUGUUUUGCAGUGUCAGGUACUCUAUUUUGUAGUCUAUGAGAGAGAAAUGACAAAUCGAGUGUCAUCAAAAUACACGGCAUGUUGAGAGAUUGAGCUCGUGAGAGUGAAUUUUCUCUCUCAAAUUUGACUGGGAACUGAUAGUAAAGCGGGUUAAUCUGUAUGGGGAAAAAUCAUUUUUGUUUAAUUGUAGCCAGUGGUGGCACGAG